AUGGCUCCACCGCUAACCAUCCGAAACCUGACCUCGACUCCCCUCGAGUUGAAGCUCGUCGAGCGCUAUGAGGCGCCCGGGACCAAGACGACCAGAUGCCUGGGAGCGCUGAAAGCCACUCUUAUCUCGCCGUCGUCCAAGAAACUUGCUGAGAACGCCGAGAACUUCACGCGUCAAGAUGUGAACCUUCGCCUCGAGCCCUCGCACAGCCACACGACCGACAUCGAGGCGUCGGAACGCGAGGUCAGCGAUACGCUGCGCCUGACGUUCGAGGCCGAUGGCCAGCGCUACCGCAUCGACACGCCCUCGCACGGCCACGCAUCCAAGACGUUCACGCCCCUGGUGCCCGACCCGAAGCAUCAGUUCACGGGCAUUUUCUUCACCAAGGAUAGCUAUCUGGCUGUUUACUCGUCGGCGAAGCUGCAAUGCUGGAUGCGCGAGCUGAGUGAUGUCACCCCGCUGUCUGGUCUCUCGAUCCCAGGCACACACAACACGCCCACAUGCCACCGAGCCCUGCCUUCUGUGCGCUGCCAGGCCGUGUCGCCCAAGGACCAGCUCGAGAACGGCGUGCGCUUCUUUGACAUCCGCGUGCAGCCGGACCACCCCGACGAUGCGUCCAAAGACGGGCUUACCCUCGUGCACGGCGCCUUUCCCAUCUCCCUGACCGGACCCAAGCAUUUGCGUGGCCUCGUUCGCGACAUUCACGACUUUCUCAAGCGCAAUCCGUCCGAGACGGUCAUCGCAAGCCUCAAGCGUGAGGGCACUGGUCACGCGACGGACCAGCAGCUCAGCAUGAUUCUGCACGACCACUAUGCGAAUGAAGAGCCCAACUGGUGGUAUACAGAGCCGCGCAUCCCCAAGCUGGGCGAGGUGCGCGGCAAGCUGGUGCUGCUGCGCCGCUUUGCCAUCGACGACAGGCUCAAGGCUGAACACAACGGCACGGGCUGGGGACUGGAUGCAGAGGACUGGGCCUACAACACGCCGGAUGAUACUCACGGCACGGUGCGCGUGCAAGACUUCUGCGAGGUGCUGGAGCCGGACAAGAUCCAGGUCAAGACCAAGUAUGCCGAGGAGCACCUGGCGCGUGCAGCCGAGUGCGUUUGCCCGAUUCCCGGCAUCACGACGGAUGCGGUGCACCCUGUGCCUCCCGGCCCGCUGUACUUGAACUUCCUGAGCGCGAGCAAUUUCUGGAAGAAGGCGUGCUGGCCGGAGAAGAUUGCCGCGAAGCUCAACCCGUCGAUCAUAGAGUACCUGUGCAUGAAGCAUCACGGUGACGCAAGCCGCGGGGACGGGAGCACGGGGGUGGUCGUGUGCGAUUGGGUGGGCGAGGACGGGGAUUGGGACCUGGUCAGGUGCAUUGUUGGCAUGAACAGCUUUUUGGAAAUGAGGGAGAGGCAGGUCGCUUGA